UCAGUGUUUGUGUUGCACACCAGCUAUACUGACAGAGUACUAAAGGCAGUGCACAGAGUCAGUAAGUGUGUGAGUAGGCUGCAGAAUGGCAACUGAAAAGAACACGCUGCUGUCCUUGAUCCUCAUCGCCGGGCUCACAGCACUCGUAGCUACUGGGCAAAAAGCAGAGCAGCCAGAAGUGGUGACCAAAUAUGGGACUGCCCGAGGAUUCCAAAUCAAAGUAGAUGCGGCUGAGAGGAGCGUAAAUGUCUUUCUGGGACUUCCUUUUGCUAAGCCUCCUGUUGGACCACUGAGGUUUUCUGAACCCCAGCCUCCUGAGCCAUGGAAAGGUGUCAGAGAUGCCACUUCCUACCCACCAAUGUGUCUGCAGGACAAAGUAACAGGACAGUUUGUAUCAGAUGUUAUUGCUAAUAGAAAAGAAAAAGUUCGUCUCCAGAUGUCUGAAGACUGCUUAUACCUGAAUAUAUAUACACCUGUUUCUACAGAAAAACAGGAGAAGCUGCCGGUCUUUGUAUGGAUCCAUGGAGGUGGAUUAGUUAUUGGAGCAGCAUCAUCCUACGAUGGCUCAGCAUUAGCAGCCUUCGACAGCGUGGUUGUUGUGGCAAUUCAGUACAGAUUGGGAAUAGUUGGAUACUUUAGCACUGGUGAUAGGCAUGCUCGUGGUAACUGGGGGUAUUUGGACCAAGUGGCAGCUCUUCAGUGGAUACAGGAAAAUAUCAUACACUUUGGAGGGGACCCGGGAUCUGUCACCAUCUGUGGAGAGUCUGCAGGGGGAGUCAGUGUAUCUGCUCUGGUCUUAUCUCCACUGGCAAAGGGCUUGUUCCAUAAGGCCAUUUCAGAGAGUGGUACUGCAAUUAGGAUUUUAUUCACUGAUAAGCCCGAGGAAGAAGCACAGGUGGGUAUUUUGUGGCAUAUUAAUUUGCCAACAGAAUUGUUACCUGUAAAAAUGGAUGAAUACCUGGAAAACACAGAUGAUCCUGCUGAGCUACAAGACCGAUUUCUGGAAUUGCUGGGGGAUUUCAUUAUUGUCAUAGCAUCCAUUAAAGCACAGAAGUCUGAAGCACCUACCUACUUCUUUGAGUAUCAGCGUCGUCCCACUUCAUACUGGGAUACUAAACCAGAAUAUGUGAAAGCUGAUCAUGGAGAUGAAGUUCACUUUGUCUUUGGAGGAUCCUAUCUGGCAGGUGACAUAAGCCUACGGGGAUUUUGGAAUCAUGAGCUCUGCUUGCUUCAGGCAGAAUCCAUUGUUGCCACAGCACUAAUGAAUGUGCUGAUCACUGAAUGGUUCACCACUGAAAGGAAUCCUAAUGGGGAAGGUCUGGCUGAAUGGCCGUUGCGUAAUCUAAAUGAAGAAUGCUUGGAGAUAAAUCUAAGAGAAAGGAAAGCCAGAAAGUUGAAGGAAAAGAAGGUAGACUUCUGGGAAAAGGUGAUGUUUGGAAAGCCAACUAGGAAAAGAAUGGAAAACAAGAAAGCUAAGCUAGAGCUAUAAUUUACUGUCUAAGCAUACAUAAAAGGCGUAGUAUUUAGGAUAGCAAAAGGAAUUAUUUAAAAUAUUUUUGAGGAUAAAAUAACGUGUCCUUUCCUUUCACCUUUUUGUCGCAGUUCUCAUAUUUACGCUUAUUCUCUGUAAUUAUGGCAGUGGAUCGAUUUCCACUUUGUGAUCACACUGUGCUGGCACAGACUUAAUAGCAGGGAAGCCGGAGAGAUGCAUGAGUGACAAAAGCCAGAUCCUUUGCUUUUCCCUCAGUUCGUGUCCACAACUGAAGCCUCACCUAUUCAAUGUAGUUGACAGAUCUGUCUGCUCCUCAGGUUUUUCUGCAGCUAUGCCAUUGCUGAAGAAGAAUUUGGCAGCAAUGUUGUGUUAAUCAAGUUUAAUCAAUAAAGACGUGUUUUGCAAGUAAAA